AUGGUUCGCAGGUUGCGGUAUUUGCCUCUGUUGAGUGGAAGCAGCUUAGUGCCGGCUCAGCACCUCUUCCACCGCAACGACAUGUAUGGAAGUCAUCCGGCCCUUCCACCUGACGUGACCGUAACCGUCACGGCCACGCACCUAGCUAGCCCAACCGGCGAUGGCAACGCUUGCGGCGUGUCCAUGGACCAACAGCACUACCGGUCCAAGUCCCCCUUGCACACAGAGCUGGCCCACUGGUAUUACUCCUCCCCGCAACUUCUCUACGUCUCUUGGUUGGAAUCAUACCACGCCGGUCUCGUAUCCAACCGUUAUCGGUACAGUCGGCACAGCCAUCGAGAGCGCGGAGCCCAUCGGUACCUCUUCGGUCCUCUGGGGAAACUCGACGCGUGUCACGGCCACUCAGCAACAUCCGACCAUACACCUCACCCGCACCGUGACAUCUUCUACGAUCGUCACAUCUACCACGGCGGGAACCCCAGUAUCCAGGCCCAGUCUUGGCACUGGGGCCAACUCUACUGUAGCUCAUACGGCCCUGGCGUCGUAUCAAUCUACUAUGACGUACCAGACCACCCUCCUCACUCAGUUCCCUUACUCUCUCCAAACAAUAUGACAACCACCGUCCGCACCAUCGCCUCCAACGACCCUAUUUUCAUAAGCACGUCCACCGCAAGCAGUAGUGACGGGGGAAGCGGAGACGGCUACGGCUAUGGAAGUUACACCUUUCUUCCCGUCUUCCCUUCUUCCGCAACUGAAGUGAGCGAUGCCGUAUCCGGAGAUCCGGUUCAAGUGAGCAGCAAGGCAACCACUAGUAUUGGGCCGAGUACAUUCGCGACGGAGACUAAGACGCUCAGAAGGACAAGUGUUACAGACGGAGGAUAUGGUGAAGAUUAG